UUAGGUGUCAUACACUAAUCGAUCGUUUCACUUCACAGACAGGAGCCAGGCGACUUUUAAUUCGUUGCAAAUUUUAAAACUUCAACGAUAUCACUCCAUCGACAGUACGAUGGCAGAUAAUUGCUGUUGUCUUUCUCUAUUUAAGUGUAAACGUGAAAGUCAAGAUGGUGAAGGGGAUAAGAACGAAAAAAGUCCUUUAAUCACUAGUGCUGGUGAACAAGGAAAUGAAAGCGGUUAUCAAACAACUGGCACAACGGACAGCCAAGGCAGUCCAAACUCACAGCAACAUACCAAUAACGGGUUGGAAAACAGUCGUCGAGCGCAACCUCCAAAGUCUGUCAAGAUUGAAAGGAUUCAGAUGAAACCUCUUACAGUGAGAAAAGUCGAUGAAAUCUUCCAAAAAUUCCAGAAGACUUUCGAUGAAUUCAACAAAUGCCAGAUUGAUAUGCAAGAUGCGAUGAAAAAGUUUCAAACCGCGUGUAAUUCGGAAGAGGAUUUCCGGGCCUGUCUCGUCCAUUUCAAAGAGCAAUUGAAAGGUCAACGCGUUGUCAUCAAGAAGUUGGCUCUAAAAUUCCCCAAAACUGUCCAAGUGAACGACGCGAAGGCACUAACUAGCAUCUUUAAGACAUACGAAGAUUUGGAAAAACUCUCAGUAAAGGUGAUCAGUAAGAGCAUCGAAUGUUUUAAAGAUGUCAUGUCGCUGGACGAGAGCGAGGUAGCGGGUGAGGAAUUCCGGGGAAGCGGAUAUGAUUUCGAGAAGUUGCCAGAACCGGUAAAAAGCAUGCGCGCGAAUGUCAAAGAGCUCAAAAAGGCGCCGAAGAUCGUCAAGGAUUUCUUCGAAUACGCGAACAGCAUUGUGAAUGAUGUGAUAGAGGAGCUAGGUGAAGACAAGAACAGGGAAGAAUUGAAAAAGAGGACGGAGAAAGUGGCUGAAGAUUUGGAAAAGAAGAUUGAAAGCUUCACGAAAGUUGCCGAAGGAUACCCACCGCCGGAGGAAAUCCACUUCACUUCGCUUGGAAUCCCUGAUGUUGAUCGACUCUUCAACGAUGUUGCCAAACUGGUGAACCCGGUGGUGAAAUUAAGCAUUGACAUGUUCAACGCCAGGAAGCGAGUCGAGCAGGCCGCAAAAGCCGUUAGCGAGUUCCGCGAUGAUCCAUCGAAGGCGUUUGAUGAUUAUUUGGAAGACCUAAAAAAGAGGCUAAGAAAAGGCCAAGUUCAUAUCGUAAUAUCGGUAAAUGGAAAUCAUGUUAAAGUCGAAAAAGUUGAGGGCUUGGAGCCGAAGGCGAUGCAGGAUAUGCGGGAUGGUUUCAAUGGAGUUUUAAAGAGUGGUGGUGAGUUGGUCGAUCUAUUUCCAGAUUCUAUCCAGAAGCUAAUCAAAUUAUCGAAAGAUAUCCUCGACAUCUCGGUGACGGAUAUCAAGAAUCAUAUCAAAAGUUUGAAAGAGUUGAAGAGCACAAUGACGGCUUUGAAAGAUAAUGCAAAAAAAGCAGAGAAAAUUCCGGAUGACCUGAAAUUCUUUUUCAAUUUCGUGCGAAAUUUGGUCAUGGAUAUACUCCAAUUGUUGCACACGAAGAAGGAAGAAACUCAAGCAUCUCAAGAGGAAACUACUACUGAUUGAACAUAAACGAUACAUGCACAUGCACUUUUUACAAUGUGUUAAAUUUCUACGCUAUAACAGGAUACAAUGAAUUACACAUUCUAUAGAUGUACGAGAAAUUAAUUUUGAGUAACCGUAAAAUAUUGAUUUUAACCCAGGUCUAGCACGGGCAAUUUUUAUUCAACUGGUGAAUUUGUGCGACGGUUCGCACUUCAAUAGUGACCAAUCACAUUUUUGUUUGUUUUUCAAUGUAUUGUUUAGUUUUUA